AUGAGCUAUACAUUCAAUGAUGACACUCACGGUUCCGACAUCACUCAUCUAUUCCCCGAGCGGGUACAGGGAAAGACAUUCAUCCUAUCAGGUUUUAAAAAAAGAGACCUAGUCGCCGCAACAGCAGAUGCCCUUGCGGCUGCAGGUGCAGGGAUAAUAAUCUGCACUGGUCACUGCCAAACCGAAGCCCGACCUAUCAUCGACCACAUCAACCGCAAAUACAAGAAAGUAAACAUGGUGUUCGUAACGGCAGACACAGGCAGUCUGGCCUCGGUACAGGAAGCGGGCCACGCGAUUAAGAGGAUGGGGUUACCGAUCAAUGGAUUCGUAGGAUUUCCUUCUGUGAUGGCCGUCGAAUGGGAAAAGACGAGGGAUGGAUUCGAGACGCAUUUUCAACGGAAUUAUCUUUGUCUUUUCCUGCUUCUUAAGUUGGUCUCUGAUUGUAUGGCGCCUGGUUCGAGGGUUGUUCUUGUGACGUCCACUGUGCGUACUGACGUACGGGCGCCGACUUGGUUUGACGUUGGAUUUUCGAAUGGAAAGGACUAUCAUUGUCUGGAUGGAUACGCGCAAUCUUCGACGGCGAACAUCCUGUUCGCCAAAACUCUAUCGAAUAUGUACCGGAAUCGACCUAUUGUGGCGUUCUCGGCAAAUCCUGGAAAUACCAAAACCAAUAUCCAGACCUAUGUCACAAUGGAUCAAGUAAAUACAUGGCUGGAGCGGAAGAAAAUAGCGGGGGAGGAGAUACCGAAAUUUCGACAGCAAGCGCCGAAGUCGCUGUCUCAAGGUAGUGCGACGGUUUUACGGGGGUUACUUGACCCAGGCUUGGAAGACCAGCCUGGAGCGUUCCUGGAUGCUUGUCAGCCGCACAAUUUACCGCAUCUUGAUUUCCCCGCCGGCGAAGAAAGUGCCACGGCGCUGUGGAGGCGAAGCGAAGAAUUCCUCGAGGCGUUUUUUGGUUAA